UUACUGUUAUACACAAAUAUAGUGGUUUGAACUAAAUUACAAAAUUAUGUUUCAUUGAACUUAUUUAACAUUUUGUUUUAUUUCCUUAGAAAUUAGUCAUUUUCUCCUGAUACUGUAACUACCAGUAUGCAAUUAAUUUCCAAGUAUUUUUAGUAACAAUACAUAGUAUGUAUCUAUAUAAGAAAUUAAUUUUUAAACAUUAAGCAUUAAUGUACCUAUGUUUGUACAUUUUAUAAAUUUGUUCUCUAAACUUCACUAAUGAAGUAAACCUGCAUAGUAACACUCUCUGAAUUUCAACAUUACAACAUUUUGUACAAUGAAUACAUCACAUUUCAUAAAUGCAUAAUCAUUACCAAAGUCAGUUAAAUACCUAUAACGGAUACAAGAGAAAAACUACUUUUUAGUUGACUUAUGGACAAACAUGUUAUUUUUAUUAAUACAUUUUUAUUUCUCUAUAUACAUUUGUUUACUUUUAUAUUUUUAUUUAUUUGUGUCAUGUCAUUCUAAGAAACAAACUGAUACAGUUUCUCUUAUAUUACAAAGUAACAGAUUCAAUAAAUAGAUCUGAUUAGAUAUAUGAUUAUUGAAAAUAAGCAUUCAUACUCUCAAUUAAAUAAAUGUGGAUGAACAGGCGGCCGUUAUUAAUGUUACUAAAAAGGCAUAUCUGCAAGUUAUAAUAAAUGUUUUAGACCAAAGUUAUAUAAAAAGCUAUGACAAAAUUCAAACAUGAUUGUAUUAAUUUGUUACCUGAUACACUUAAGAAACUAUACAAUAAAUGAUUCUUUUAGUCUUUGGAUUGCUAUUCAAUUCUUUCAAUAAUUAUAUCCUAAUACAAGGUAGAUCGAAAACUCAAAAUCAUUAUAAAAAUGUUUCACAUCUUCUGUAUGAUGGCAUUGAGAUGACUCAAGCAAGUAUAAAUUCAGGCGAAGAACAGAAUCUCAGUGAUGAACCAAAUUUGGAGUAUGGUCAGGAUACAUUAGAUAAAUCAAGUUGUACACAUGAAAAAAGCACUAAACGAUCUGUAGGAACUCGAAGAACAAGAAAACCUCGGAACACAUUCUCUACCACCUUACAUCCUCGACUUGACAUUAUACCAAAGUUAAUGAUGUUUGAAGCAGACAGAGUGCUGUGGCCUUUUUUCUAUGAAUCUGAAGUAGUACUUCCCUAUGAUUUAAUACAACCAACAGCAUGGCCUCUUCCAGAACGCAAGGGUCAUCGCUGGUGGACAGGCAAUUUUGGGGGCAGAGAGCUUGUCGAUAACAAUGGGAAGUGUUUACAGUUAAAUUACGAGGCACUUGUUUUAUUUCUAAAACUGCGGCACAGAGGCAUUCAACUGGCUCUGACUGUGACAGUAAACAACAGCAGUAACAUUAUAGGAAUAAAACAUUUGGUGAGACUGUUUGAGUAUGAAGAUAUAUUCAACUACAGUGAAAUAGAUGAGGGCUCUGCUUUGGAACACGUUCGGCUGAUAAAAGAACAGUCGGGUCUAGAAUUCAGAGAUAUGGUUUAUUUUGGAAUAAAUAAAACCGUUCUAGAUGAUCUUCACAAAGAGUUAAAAGUAAUCACUGUACAUAUAAACCCUGCAAAAGGACUCGGUGAAGAGGAUGUACAAGAAGGUGCUCGUUUGUAUGCCAUUCGACCACAUGUGCCCAGGGCCUCAGAAAUACCUUUGACAGUUGGUAAAAUUGUGUCAGAUGAGGAAGCUGCUAAUAUCUAUGAAGAUGAAGUUAUGAAAAUGUUUGUUCAAAAAUCUGAGGAAUCAGCAUCAAGAAACAUGACAUAUGAUAUUUCUGAGUCUGAUGAAAAAUGAAAUAUUUAUGAAAUGAAAAUAUAUAGCUAUUUCUGCAUACUAGUUUGUUUAAAAAUGUAAAAGUUUUAAAAUAUUUUGGUAGUUAUAUAAAGCUGUUUAAUUUUAGUCUUAUUUGAAUAAAUAAUUAUUUUUAUUGCA